AUGCAAGCAUCCAAUAACAGUUUGAAUUCAAGCCACUUUUUCAACUGUUUUCUCAGUCUGAAUAACACUGAUGAUCAAGAGGACUUUGAUGGGUUUGAUCUGUUGUUUGGAAGUGGUUUUAGUGAUGAGCAGAGCACGUCAACCUAUUCCACAGACUCCAAUCAGCAGUGUCAACUCUAUCCUCAAGUUCCCCAAACCCCUCAAACUAUGAUGGUUUCAAACCAAUCAAAUCUGAUGUCAUCCCCAUCAACACAGACAUAUCUGUCCUACCCAUUUGGUCAGCAGCAAACUAAUUUCGUGGAUUCGAAUUGCAUGUUUUCAACAUCGCCACUCCCACCUUCCCAAUUGCAAAUGUCUGUAUCGUCAGGCCCGUUCGAUCGAUCAGAGCCCUUGGUGUAUUUUGAACAACAAGCAAGUACAUUCACCAUGUUGCCAGGCUUUCAACCACCUUGUAAUUCUAUCAUCAAUCAAGUAAGCAACGCCAACACAUGUCCUCCAUCUGGCUGCAACACAGCCUUAUCAGAGGAAGAAUUAAAGUCGUUUAUUGCGUCAGAAUGCCAAAAGAUCAUUGAUCGUAAUUGGGCAACACUUCCCCCCUUAAAAGCCCAAGCAACCAAGAAAAGAGACAAGUUCGAUCUUGAGACAGCAAUCAAGAAAAAACUAAAGAAUUAG